AUGGCGCACAGGGUCAGCGUGAAAGAGGAAGAUGCCGAAGAUGAGGUCAUGCUGUUGGAAUGCAAUGAUGAGAGCGAGGCGUUGACGGUCCUGGGCGACGCGACACCGGUCCCUCCUGGUGUUGUGCUGGACAAGCUCUCUGCGAUGCUGUCGACGGGUCGAGCUCGUCUGCGAUUUGCCUCGGGACGCAGCUGGGGGGUCAAUGGUGUUGUGUUCAACACCUGGACCUCUUUCAGAUACGAUCCUGACGGUUCUUGUCGCUUGGUGGACAGCGCCGACUGGCGAACAGGAACUCGCGAAGACUGGGCGGCAUCGGAGUUACAGCAGCUUGCAGAUCUCCGGAAAAAGGCCCACUGCCUCCCGUGCACGGCCUCCGCACAGCCUUCGGUCUUGAGGCCUCGGCAAUGUCGUCGGAUGGUGUUUCAGUUUCAUCGCGAGUGCUUCAAGAAGAAGCGCGCAGCGGCGAAGCCGAAGGCUGGAGGCGAGAUGACCAUCGCUGCUUUCCUGGCCGUGGUAAAGGAGCGGCUGAGAGGGGCGGGUGAAAUGCCAACGUAUGUGAAGCUGCUGACUUCCAUGAAGAACAAUGCUGGAAAGGGUGAGAUUACCAAGCUCCUCGCCGGGCAUCCGGAUCUGGUUUCAAAGAUCCCAGCGCCCAAGGCUGGCGCAAAGCCGCAGGAGAAGCCGCGGGCCACACCCGCCACCUUACCCGCCGCCACGCCCACGGCCGCCGCCGCCGCCGCGCCCACUGCACCUGCCGCCGCCCGCGAAAAGAAGGCUCCUCAGCAACCGCCCAGCAUCUCAAAGACGGAUGCCGGCACUGCGAGGGCGAGAGAAGCCGUGGAUGUGGAGUCCGCGGUCUUGGCGCCGUUGCGCAGCCUGGCGCCUUUUGCAGGGUUGGUCCGCCUUGCGAUACGUCGCGGCAGACCCACCCAGCGACUGCGGCUGCUCCGCUAUCUCCAGAGCCCGAGCCGAGCCGGAGCCGGAGCCGAGCGCCGCGAGGUUUUUCUCCUCCGGCGCGACCCUUCGGCCGAGUUCGGCCAAGUUGUGGAGGCGAUGAGGGCCCGGCUGCCCGAGCUCGGCGGUGACAGCUUCGCUCAGCGCCUGGCGCACAUCUGUGCAGUCGCGGACUAUUUUACCACCUUUGAGCUUGAUGAACAAGAAACUCACGAUCCAGCGGAAGCUCAACAGGCAAACAUCCUUGAGGCGCGAGCUUGGAAUGAGGGUCGGCUGCAACUGGCUAUGGAGGCAGGCGUUCAGCCUCUAUUUGUCGACGAUCCUGGUGCACCUCUGGAGCAGAGUGGCUAUGCGAAGAGAGCUAAAGCUUUGGGCUACCGCAUAAACUUCGAGAGCAUGCACUAA